CAAAAAAUAAAAAUGUCGUAUGUUUAUUUGAAAAAUUUUUUUUUCAAUAUGGUUGAAUUAAAUGAUGCAUGCGCAGUUAGCUAAAAUCGACACUUUGUUUCUGGACGGCGUUGUUGCUUGGCUUGUAUAGUUCUGCUUUUGUACUAAGAGUUCUCUCUUCAGUACAAAGCUGUGUUGAUUUUUAUUAAAAUUGAUAUCAUGGAUAAUCUAGAAACUACAUCAAAUAGCCAAGAAAAUGAAUUUAAAAAGCCAUCAAAUGGUCAUUCGGAGGGUAGUGGACAGGUGAAUGGCGUGAGCAAUGGAUACAGUGGUGAUGGUAGCAGUAGCAAACAUCAUAAGAGCAGUAGUCAUAAGGAUAAACAUCGUGACCGUGACCGGGAUCGAGAUCACAAAAAAGACCAUAAAUCAUCUAGCCGGGAUAAGGAUAAGGACCGUGAUCGUGACAAGGACAAGGACCGGGAUAAGCAUAGCUCAUCUAAGGAUAAGGAUAAGUCAAAAGAUCAUAAAUCAUCUAGUCGUGACAAAGACAGAGACAGAGAUCGUGACAAAGAUAAACAUUCGUCAGAUAAACAUCGUAGUAAAGAUAAGGAUCGACAUCAUGAUGACAAAGAUAAAAAAUCAUCGUCUUCAUCAUCAAAAGAUAAAGAUAAAGAUCACAAAAGUAGUAGUCAUAGUUCGUCACGUGACAAAGAUAAAGAACAUAAAUCAAGUUCAAGUAGUCAUGAUAAGCAUAAACAUAGUUCGUCAUCGUCAAAAGAUAAAGAUAGAGAUAAGGAUAAGGAUCGUCAUAGUUCAUCAAAAGACAAAGAUAAAGAUCGUAAAAGCUCUUCAUCGUCCAAACAUCAUUCAUCAUCAUCAUCUUCAAAAGACAAAGAUCGACAUCGUGAUCGAUCCGAUAAAGAUAGUAAACGUGAUAAAGAUAAAGAACGUGACAAAGAUAAAGAUCGUGACAGAUCAAAACAUGAAAAUGGUGAGAAAAAACGUGACAAAGUCGAAGUUAAAGAGGAAAAAUUCACUCAACCACAACUGCCUUUGGUCAGUGAAGAACUUGCCCCACAGCCACUUGCAGAUGUCGAUCCUUUGGACAUUAAAAAUGAGCCUGAAUAUUAUAAUUCACAGGAUAUGUCAGCUGCUAGUAGCUGUGAUUAUAGUUUUUCACAAUUUAAUAAAUCAGAGCCGAAUUUUAAGGAGUUUGGACAGAAAGAUACAAGUCAAAUGAAUGGCGAAGAUGAUCGACGUAAUGAUUUUGAUGAUGAAGAUAUGGGAGAUGAACGGGCUGAUGGUGAUAAUGACGGGGAUGCUGAUUAUACGGAGGAAGAUAGCCAAGAUUUACAAAUUAAAGAAGAGCAACAGGAUGAAGAUGAAGGCAGUGAUGACGAUUUACCAUUGGCAGCUCGUGCUCCAACACCAACAAAACGUAAAGUCGAAGAAGAUGAUGACGAUGACGAGGAUGUACCAUUGAUGGCUAGAAAAAAAGUGAAAAAAGAAAAGAAAGAGAAGAAAGCUAAAAAACGUUCUGCUGAUUCAGAUUAUGAUGAUGGCGGAGGAGAUUACGAUGAUUAUGAAGAUGAAAAACCUAAAAAGAAAAAACAAAAGGUCAAGAAAGAAAUUAAAAAGGAGAUUAAAAAAGAAAUUAAAAAUGAACCAGCUGAUAAUACUAGCCCUAAGAAAAAGAAAAAGAAAGAUGAACAAGAACCAGAAGUUUGGAAAUGGUGGGAGGAAGAAAAGAAAGAUGAUGGUACAAAAUGGAAAUUCUUAGAACAUAAAGGUCCCGUAUUUGCUCCACCCUAUGAACGUAUACCAGAAAAUGUAAAAUUCUAUUACGAUGGUAAAGAAAUGCGGUUAUCUCAGGACGCGGAAGAAGUUGCUGGAUUUUAUGCCAGAAUGUUGGAUCACGAUUAUACCAGCAAAGAUGUAUUCAACAAUAAUUUCUUCAAAGAUUGGCGUAAAUGUAUGACAGAAAAAGAAAAAGCCAAGAUUACCGACCUCAAAAAAUGUAAUUUCAAACCAAUGCAAGCAUACUUUUUGGAUUUAUCUGAAAAGAAUCGCAAUCGGACGAAGGAGGAAAAGGAACAACUAAAACAACAAAAUGCUGAGCUUCUAGAAGAAUAUGGUUAUUGUCUAAUUGAUGGACAUCGCGAGAAAAUUGGUAACUUUAAAAUUGAACCACCCGGUCUAUUUCGGGGUCGUGGGGAACAUCCUAAAAUGGGUAUGUUAAAAAGACGUGUCAUGCCUGAAGAUGUGUCAAUUAAUUGUUCGAAAGAUUCGAAAUACCCAACACCACCGCCAGGACAUAAAUGGAAGGAUGUACGUCAUGAUCCUACAGUUACAUGGUUAGCCAGUUGGACUGAAAAUGUACAAAAUCAAGUGAAAUAUGUGAUGUUAAAUCCAAGUUCUAAAUUAAAAGGUGAAAAAGAUUGGCAGAAAUAUGAAACGGCUCGAAGAUUGGCUAAAUCUAUUGAUAAAAUCAGAAAAGAGUAUCGGGAGGAUUGGAAAUCCAAAGAAAUGAGGAUACGACAACGUGCCGUUGCUCUAUACUUCAUCGAUAAGUUAGCGUUGAGAGCUGGUAAUGAAAAAGAUGAAGAUCAAGCUGAUACAGUAGGUUGCUGUUCUCUGCGUGUCGAACAUAUUUCAUUACAUGAAAGAAGAGAUGACAAAGAAUAUGUGGUUGUUUUUGAUUUUCUCGGUAAAGAUUCCAUACGUUACUACAACGAAGUGCCAGUUGAAAAGCGUGUAUUUAAAAAUUUACAAUUAUUUAUGGAAAAUAAAUCGCCGUCAGAUGAUUUAUUUGAUCGAUUAAAUACCGCAGUCAUGAACAAACAUUUAAACGAACUUAUGGAAGGUUUAACAGCUAAAGUAUUUCGUACAUAUAACGCUUCAUGGACCCUACAACAACAAUUAGACGAAUUAACCGAUCCAGAUGCUUCAAUACCAGAAAAAAUUCUACAAUAUAAUCGUGCUAAUCGUGCUGUGGCUAUUUUGUGUAACCAUCAAAGGAGUGUACCCAAGGGACAUAAUAAAUCUAUGGAAAAAUUAAAAGAAAAAAUUGAACAGAAGAGAGAACAAAUUGCUGAUGGAGAGCAACAAGUUAAAGAUGCUAAACGUGCUGCUAAGGGGGGUAGUGUUAAAGAACAAGUGAAUUAUGAUAAAAAGAAGAAAAUGUUAGAACGUUUAAAAGACCAAUUGAAAAAAUUAGAAUUACAAGAAACAGAUCGUGAUGAGAAUAAAACAAUUGCUUUGGGUACGUCCAAAUUGAAUUAUUUGGAUCCAAGAAUUUCUGUUGCCUGGUGCAAGAAACAUGAUGUACCAAUAGAAAAAAUUUAUAACAAAACACAACGUGAUAAAUUUCGUUGGGCUAUCGACAUGGCUACCGAGGAUUAUGUGUUUUAAUUUAAUUUAUAUUUAAUUUGUAAGAGUGAAUUUAGAAAUGACAUGAAAAAGGACAUGCGUAAAACAAAAUAGCAUACAUAUAUAUACAUUACUUAUAUAUAUUUGUAAUAUUUAAUAUUCAAAAGUAAUUUUUGUUUUCAUUUUUUUUCUUUUUUUUUGGUGCAAUUCUCACACACACACUGUUACACACUGUAAUAAUGUAUGCACAUGGUGUGCGCGUGCAUGGUUUUUGUGCGUGUUUUCAUGUGUUCUUUAUUUGCAAUCAAAAACAUAAUAUUUUGAACAUUC